AUGGCUCCUCCGGUGACACCACUUGAUUUAUCGUACAGCCAGUCGAUGUUACCAUCAAAUUUACUAGUGAACUCGCCAUAUAUCCAGCAGACACAGAACAUUGUACCAAUGUCGCCGAUUCUUCCCAGACAGUACGCGCCUCCGUCACUUAAUCUCUCGCAUGGAAACUUGGCCCACCACCAGCAGCAAUUACUGCAGAUGCAUUCACAUCAUCAGCACCAAAACCAGCAGCAUCAUUCACAGCACCCACACUACGUACCAAAUUCGCCCUACUUGACGCCGCUAAGUAGCAAUAGCAACUUGGAGCAACUCAAUCUCUCGCGUACGGUCAUAUUGAAGAAUAUCGACGAAAACGUGUCGUUGAAUGAGCUAUUGAAUUCUAUCGAUUUUGGCCCUAUUGAAUACUGUAAAAUGUACUCAAGGCCGGCCCCAGAGCGCUUGAGGGAUACAGAGAACUUGAAGACUUGUGUUAUUUCAUUCGUUAACUCGAAGAUUUCGAUUAAUUUCCAUAUAAAGUAUUCCAAGAACAGAUACAAUUUGAAUAAGUUGAAAGAGAAGUUGAGAAAUUCAAAAUAUUUAAAGGUUUCCUUAAAUGAGUCGACUAAUGCUAGUUCUAAUGGAAGUAUUAAUAACUUUAAUAGUCAUUUAAAUAACCAGGACUACAUCAAAUUGAAGACCCUUAACUAUAUUUUGGAAUUUAAUGCCACCCGGUGCUUGCUAAUUAGGUUACAUUCUAGUGAAUUUACUUCGUCUAAUAUUGAAGGGAUUGAGAAUGAUGUAACGAGACAAUGUUCAAAGUUCGGUGAGAUUGAGGAUUUAAAAAUUUCGACCAACGAAACUAAAUCUGAAGUCAAGUGUUUGAUCCAUUUCACAUCUAUUGACGCCGCCAUCAAGUCGUAUGAAUUUUACUUGAAAAAAAUUCAGGCUGAUAAGCAAGAUCAAAUUGACUUUGAAGGCACAGACAAGUCUAAGGACGCCAUUGAAUAUCUUCAAGCAUCUUUCCAUAGAGACAGAUGUGACAGAACUGUAAUUGAUAAACCAUCGUCAGGCUCGAAUACCAACUCACCGAUUUUCAGUAAAAGGCAAACGACGACCAUAAAUCACAACAACAUUAUCCCUGAAGAUUUGAAUGAACCAACUCCGGAUACAGAAGGCGAAGAGUUAGAAACUUUUGGUGAAGAGUCAGUAUUGGAUGAUCAAAGCAUUUUAGAAAAUCACGAGUCAAUUCGGAGCUCUUUACUCUCGAAUGCAAAAGAUCCUCAAGAACCAAGUUACGAUCAAAUCAGCUCCAAGUCUUCAUCAUCGCAGAAUAUCGAUCAGAGUUAUAUUUCUAAUUCAUCUUCAUACAUGCUCAAUACCUAUCCAUCGAUAAAUCAAUCUCAAGUAAGAAUGCAAAUACCGCAAGUCCCUAAUAAUAAUUCUGCAUCAUCCUAUCAGUACAAUCCCGAUCCAUUUAACGUCGGUAAUAGAACUAUUUAUUUGGGUAAUUUGCAUCCAAACACAACUGUUGAGGAGAUUGCAAAUAAUGUAAGAGCUGGAGGAUUAGUUGAGUCAAUUAGAUACCAUCCUGAUAAAAGAGUUUGUUUCAUCACGUUCAUAGAUCCUACCAUUGCUUUGAAAUUUUAUUUGAAUCACCAAGUUUUACAUCAAUUGAUUAUUCAUGGAUAUGAUAUCACAGUUGGCUGGGCUAAGAAUCAUUCUGGAGCUUUAAACAGAGAUAUUUCAUUGGCAGUUACAGCUGGUGCAUCAAGAAAUGUGUAUAUUGGUAUUAAGUUAAAUAAGGAUGAAAACAAUGGUUCAUCGAGUACAACAAAGGAUAACAAGAUAAGAUUACCAAAUGAAUCUGUCUUGAGGUCAGAUUUUUCAAAAUUUGGUGAAUUAGAACAAAUCAACUUUUACCAUAAUAAAGAUUGCGGCUUUUUGAAUUUUAUAAAUAUUGCUGAUGCUAUUAAAUUAGUGGACUCGUUUGAAUCUAGAAAUAUCUCUAAGAUCAAUAAAAUAGUAGGUGAUAAUGGUGAAUUUUAUGACAAGUACAAUGUAUUCAAGAUUAGCUUCGCAAAGGAUAGAUGUGGUAAUCCACCAAAAUUCAGUUUCAAGAAAAAAUUUGGUAAGAGAAAAAAUAAAGACUUGGCGAAACCAGAAGACGAUUCGGUAAUCGGUAAACUUGAUCAUAAUGAAGAUGGUCGCGACGAGGUACGCGAUGAAGCCAUGAAUGAAGAAGCAGCUAUGGUUUUUGGUAUUAUGAGUACUACUGAGUCCAAGAAGGAAGUUAGUACCUCAAACGAAGAUGAAGAACCAGAAGAGACUCGAAAAGCAUUCGAACAAUCUGAUAUAACUAUAAGCGGGAAAGCGGAAAAAGAGAAUAAUAAGAACGAAAAAUAUGAAAAGACACAAGCAAAUAUCAAAGAUGUUAAGAGUGAAAUACCUGGUGCCGCAGAUGAAGACGAUGAAGACGAUGAAGACGAGGAUGAUAUUUCGAUUAUCAUAGGGUCUGAUGAGACCACAUAUUCUGCAAGAGAUGAAUUGAAGAAGUCACGCAAUAGCGGUGAUAAAUUCUAUAAUAAUAAGGUCAAUACUUCAGAUACCUUUAUUCCUUUCAGAAAAUCUUCGAGAAACUCGUCUAACAUUUCAUUAAACUCGCAUAAUCCAAAUUAUAUGAAGUAUUACAAUCAAGAUUCAAAAUUCCCACCUUCGCCUUAUCACCACCAUCAACAACAGCUGCAGCAUCAACAGCUCUAUUACAUGCAAAACUCACAAAGACCGAUGGCUAGUCGGAUGAAUAGCUUUGGUUAUGGUGGUUAUUACCCACCUCCAAACCCAAACCCAAAUCAAUAUACUUACACCGCGAACCCUUCGAAGAACCCAUACUCAACUUCCGGUUCCCAAGUCAUGUCUCAAUAUUUGGCUAAGUCUCAACAUGAUAAUUUAGUAUAUGCUGCUAGUAUUUUAUCCAAUGACGUAGGUAUGGAUGAAGAUAAAGAAUAUCACUAUAAGCCAAAUAGUAGACGGAAUUCAAAAAAGUAG